UUUCUCUAUUCGCUUUUUAAAUAUCAAGGUUCUCAAGAUACCUUCAACGCGUAUAAUCUUCUAAAUACUUGAUCAUCUUUUAAUUGUGGUAACAAUGGCAUUUCCUAAGAAAACUUCAUCGAAAGAAGUAUCAUUUCAGCAUUCUCACAGCGAGGCUGAUAUAGCUAAACUAUUGAUAUCACUACCAAGUCUUAGUUGUUCUACGGGAGAUUUGCCAUCAAAGGAGCAGCUAGUUUCUUAUGACAAUGAGGAUGGAGUAUACUCAUCGGAAAUACCAGAAUUCGAAUUUGAAAAGACAAAACGAAAUGUUGGUAUCCCGAUGGUUGCUGGUCAAACAGAAAAUGAAACAAAAGCCAGAAAAUUAAAUAAAACGGAAGAAAGCCGACUCGAAACAUUAAGAACACACUUUGAAAAGCAACAAACUAUGUUCGAAAAACAGUAUAAUCAACAUCAACGCCGUUUCAGAAUCAGAUCCGCUCGUGUUUUGCAAAAUGGUAAUACAGCAAAUAGAAAUAGUGCAGGGAAUACUGUCUCGCCACGAUCUAGGCCGAAAUCUUUGCCAGCGACUAUGCCAUCACGUGAUUUAGAAAGACCUGUUUUCAAUAAGCAAGCGUCCGUUCACAAUGAAUGUAAAAAUGACAAAUUGUGUGGAACAUGUGAGAGGAUCCAGAGAAUAAUUAAACAAUAUGAAAUAGAGAUGAAAACAAACUUUGAUGUAACAAACACACAUCAUACUGUGUGUUUAUUUUCUGACGCUCAAAUAAAAAACUUUAUCAAUUUAGUGGAAACAAAAUAUUGCAGUGAUCUGCCUGGUGUAGUAGAAAUGCUUCAUAGUUCUAAAUACUCUGGCGUUAGUCGAAAUCAUUCGUCAAGUACUUUAGUGCCAAAGUCUGGAAUUCAAGACAGGAUUAAAGCAUUCUGUAGGUCACAAGAGGAGUUCAAUAAAAAGCACCCAGUAUCUCGUUCUGUAAAACUAUUUGUGGAUAACGAAAGAAUUAAGCAAGCUCAGAUGGCUACAAAAAUUUCAAAAAAAUGAAGAAAAAAUACGUUUUUUAUAUUAAAGUUUAACGACGAUUUGUUGAAUUCUAAGAUCUGUUUGGAAUCAUUUUUAUAUUUAAAGAAAAAUGGUUCUCGUAUCAGGGAUACUAACCGAGGCUUCCUUCAAAUAUGUAUGCGGC